AUGUUUACACAUUCCGUCAAUUCAAAAGGAAAAAAAAAUCGUCGAAUCGUUUACAUGGCAUUUUCAUUAGCUGCGGACCAACCAGCAUGUUAUUUACUGGUGCAUGUUGCAAGAGUUUCAAUGUCCAAAAAGAAACACGAAUGUGAAUAUGACAACAAAUUUUUACGGUGUUGUUGUGCGAAGCUUAGAAAUGCAUGA